AUGGAUAACUUCGAGUACAGCAUCCAGCUGAACGACAGGGAAUGGGCUGAGUUCUUCUUGGCAUCAGAGGAGUGCAACCUAGCCCCAGCCUCCCUGGCCACGGCCGAGGAGCAGUGCCUGAGUGACAUUGACCAAGGGGACAGAUCAGAGGAUCUGAGGGCACCAACCCACAAAGACAUGUGCCUUGUCUUCUGUGCCUUUGCCUCCUGGGCAGUGAAGACAUCUGACCUGCAGGCUCCGGAUGCCUGGAAGACCAUGUUCCUGGCCAGUUUUGGCACACUGUCUGCCAUCCGCUACUUCCGACGGCAGGUCAGAGAAGGACACCCCCGGACCUAA